AUGGAAAACUUUCGCUUUCUUGACUUCUCGGAGCUCUCCGAGACAGUGUCCGAGGUUAGUGAGGAUGACUCAAUCUUUGACUCUGACGUGGAGACUAGCGAUGAUGAGAAGUUUGCGGGCAUUCCCCUAUGGCAGACAGCCUUCAACAUCGCCAAGACCAUCAUUGGCGAAGGGCUUCUGAGCUUGCCGGCUGGCUUAGCUGCGGGUACCGGCAUCUAUUCUGGAGUUAUCAUUGCCUUGGUCUUCUAUGUUGUGAUGACAUACACUUUCUGGACCCUGGGACGUCUUUGUGAGACGACAGGCGAGAAAACGCACCGUGGCAUGGGGGACAAAGUCACCGAAGGGGUGUUCUUUGGAAACGUCAUGGCAGUGACCAAUUUGGCCCAGACCCUUUCCUGCUGCGUCGCAUAUGCACUGGUAAUCGGGCGGAAUGCAGAGGAUGUCUUAGCUCCUUUUGUUUCAAACUCCUGGCUCAGCUCAAGGCGUGGCAGCUGGGUUACCAUCCUCAUUUUCGUCUUGCUACCUCUUUGCUUGCUCCGGGACCUCUCGAAACUCGCUUGGGCCAGCCUGUUGGGUCUACUUUGCGAGGUUGGGGUGGUGUGUUUCAUGAUCUGGCGCUUUAUGGACGGAUCCUACUCGCCGGGUGGACGUUUCUACGAAAGCCAAACAGCUGGCUUGCAAGUAGCUUGGGAUGAAACUGGGGACCCAGAGACGUGGAGCUUGAGCCCAGCUACUUUGACUCUUGUCUGUAGCAUGUCCUCGGCUUUCUUGGCCCACUACAAUGCCCCCAAGUUCUACCAUCAACUGCGAGAUCGGGACUCCAGGCGGUUCCUGCUCGCGACGACCGCCAGCUUUACGCUGGCCCUUGUACCCUUGCGAGUCGAGUACGUUUAG